CCUGCAUGUCUUUCUCUCUCUGCUACAAAGCUACAGAGCUGAUCAAGGCACAUAUCGUCUAGAUUUUACUUUGGCUGCAGUGACAGAGGAGUAUGUAACUUACCUGGACAGCACACAGAGAAACACACAGGAUUUUUGAGCUACUCACCUCCUCAUUUGUAAGAGUAGUGUAAGCUCACAGACAGGAGCUCUGCUGUUUUGCCUGGUAGACAGCCAGAGGUUUGUAAGGCAGCGAUGUCGUGGGACUGUGGCCUGAGGUACAUGUUCUCUGUGUCCCCUGUGCUACAGCCGGGGAGCAUGUGCAUCUUGCAUGACAAGGAGGACCUGUCCAGACUGGAGAUGGUCCAGAGACUGGCCAAGGAUGGCUGCCGCUUCUUGCAGAGUCACAGCAAGGGCCCAGAGAGGACAAGUGAGCCCCAGAGUGACGAGGGAGUCCACGAUGCGCUCGUUCUCCAGAGAAUGUCGUCAGAGCAGCCAGCCCUUUCUGCAUCAGCGAGGGGAGGAGGGAGAGAGGAGGCGAGGAACAGGAGGUACAUGGUAGUGUCAGGGACCCCUGAGAAGAUCCUGGAGCACUUGCUGAAUGACCUGACGCUGGACGAUGACCAGGGGACAACACAGGGAAAAGAGUCAGAUACACUUCUGGAUGACUUUCUGCUAACUUACCCAGUGUUCAUGUCAACCAGUGAUUUAUGUCAAGCACUGCUGGGACACUAUUGCACCAAGCGACACAGAGGGAAAGAGGACAGGAAGGAGGCUCUGGAGAGGAAACGAAAAGUCCUGCACAUGGUAUCACAGUGGGUGGCUCUCUGCAAAGACUUCCUGAGAGAAGACGAACAUGUCAAACUGUUCAUGAAGACUUUGUGCCGUUACGUGUUGGAUGAUCUUUAUGAGCACCCAGCCCUGGAGAAGGAUGUGAGGGAACUGCAGAGACUCUACCAGCUGCACCGCAGACAUGCGGUGGAUGAAUAUUCCCCUCAAAGAAAGAGCAAAGCACUUUUCCACCAAUUGAGCCUGAGGGAGAACGGGCUUCAAUCCAGGGGCACACAGAGCGAGACCAAGGAAGUGUUGUGUCAUGUGUACAUCACCAUUGACUCAUACCUGGGCAUGAGAGUCCAUGCUGGAAUACUGGCCCAGGAGCUGCUGCAGGCAGUGGCAGAAAGGAUGGAUGUCCCCCAGGGGGAACUAGUGCUAGUGGCUGUCACUUAUCCUGGAGGAAGGCUCCUCCUGCAGCCUCAGGACAGAGUUUUCUCAGAUUCUUUGCGGCCUGUGGGAAGGCUGCACGCUUGCAGGAAGGACCUGGGUGAAGUCCUGAACCCAUUCACAGACAACUCAGAGCUACAACAGAGGACAGCUCGCAUGCUCAGUUUGAACACAUGGGACGUGGCUGUUGCUCUCACCAACUUUGACUGGACCAUUUUUGACUCAAUGCAUGAGCAAGAGCUCGUCUAUUUCACCUUCAACCGCCAUGCUAGCAGUAGCCAUACAGUGGCAUUGGAGCUGCUGCUGCAGCGCUGCAAUGAAGUCCAGCUGUGGGUGAUGACAGAGGUGUUGCUGUGCCCAACGCUCUGCAAAAGAGUACAACUCAUUAAGAAGUUCAUCAAGAUUGCUGCCCACUGUAAAGCACAGAGGAACCUCCACUGUUUCUUUGCCAUUAUAUUGGGCCUGAACACUGCAGCUGUUAGCCGCCUCAGUCAGACAUGGGAGAAAAUUCCUGGAAAAUUCAAAAAGCUGUUUUCAGAGCUGGAGACAAUUACAGAUCCUUCGCUCAACCACAAGGCCUACAGGGACUCCUUCAAGAAGAUGAAGGCGCCAAAGAUCCCCUUUCUUCCUCUGCUACUGAAAGAUAUUACAUUUAUUCAUGAAGGCAACAAGACAUUUCAUGACAACCUGGUCAAUUUUGAAAAGCUGCACAUGAUAGCAGACACAGUCCGGCUCAUCAGACAGUGUCAGAAAGAUCACAUGGGAAAUGGCAUCACCCAGAAGAGCAGCUCAGAAGUGCGAGCCUACAUUGAUUAUCUUCAUAUCAUCGACAAUCAGCAGACUCUGUUUGAACUGUCACACAGGCUGGAGCCUCGUGCUUAGAGAACAGCUCUUACUGUACUUCCCACUCUGUCGGAUUGCCAAGGAACCUUUUAACGCUGUCCCAUCUUUUUACUCAGGACUCAGUCUGCAAUCAGAGGACACUGCAUGAUCCUGGCCAACCACAAGUGGGAGCCGGUC